CUGGCCUCCAUUAGAUCAGAUCUCACUGUAUUCUGGCCUCCAUUAGAUCAGAUCUCACUAUACUAUAGAUCACACUGCACAGACGUAGUGAGGGUCACAUGAUGGGUCAAAAGGGUCACAUGACCUGAAGGUGCUCGGGAGCCAAAGAGGAGGAUGGAAAAGCAGUAAGUGUCUGUGUUCAUGGGACGUUAUUGAGUUGUGGCUAGAAGAAGUCAUCACAGCCGUCUGGGCCAUAUGGAGAAGAAAAGGGAAAGCUAAUGACUUCAAUCAGUAUCAUUUUCCCUGGCAAACAAAGCCAGACAGUGGACCACAUCAGAAGCUUGAGAUAGAAACAAAAGAGGCAGGAUGGACCUUUACUCUCCUCUGUCAUCCAGGAGCAGGAUCUCCCUUUGAGAUGACGUAUUGGAACAAUACAUGGGGACUUUUAGGAGGAAUCAGUAGUCCUAUUGAACUCCAUUGAUCUGUGUGCUCAGUGCUCCAUUGAUGAAGCCUGAUCCAGCGAGGGUGACAGGGGCACGGACACCAGGGAACAAAAGGAGCUGACUACAUACAUGAUGGGCUAGAGCGUUACUUGACAUGCAUAUGGUCAAUGUCUAUCAUUCCUUGGCAUCACUCUCAUUGGGAUGUAUCCGGAAGCCUAUCUACAUGUUGAACAUUUAGGCAGCCCUCGAUCUGGAAUAAGUUGCGUGACUUCCAAGUCUUCUGGUGUCACCAGCGGUGGAGUAUCUCAAUGACAGAGAGAGAAAUGAGCUCAUGGAUAAUUUCAGAUUGGAGGGGACGUUAUAUUUAGGACAAAAAUUCAAGCCUUUACAUUACAUCUUGCCAUAUAUCUACUAGGCAAAGAAAAAAGGAGAAAAAAAAAAUUCUGCCUUAUUGUCAAGGUUCAACGCUGGGUACCGGUUGAUCAUGAGGUGGCAACACGUGCUACUUCUUGUGGUCUACUUAGAUCCACUUGGUCUUCUUUAUCAUUGUGAAGCCGCAGCUAAAGCAAAAGGUAACAAGAACCAGGGUCCAUCCAAAAAACCUGCCAACCCUCCCAAAGCGAAGGACCUUAAUGCCACAGCAGUGCCCCUUCCUGUCACCACACGGAAGGUGAAGAACCCAGUUGCACUACCUUACGAGAAGUGCUUGGGCUAUUAUGAUGUCAGUGGUCAAUGGGACAAAGAGUUUGACUGUAACCACACCACUCACCCCUACUGUUGUGGGACAUGUUCUUUACGAUAUUGUUGUGAGCAACGGAACAAAAGACUGGAUCAAAUUGGGUGUAAGAAGCUUAUUUGGGUCGUUACUACCAAACCGAAUGAUGUUAUGGUAGAAGUCGAUGCCUAUGACCCACUUAAUGACAAAACCAACACCACUGUAUAUAUCACCUGUGGGGUAAUCACCUUCAUAUUUAUCGUUGGGAUAUUUGCCAAAGUGACUUACGACAAAGCAAGACGACCACCUCGGGAAAUGAACAUCCACAGGGCACUUGCAGACAUUUUGAUACAACAGGGGCCAAUACCAAUCCCACACUGUGAACGAGAGGCCAUCUCCGCUGUUGACAACUCUCCCAAAGAGAAUACGCCUGUAAGGACUUCAAAAAAUCAGUAUACUCCAGUGCGAACGACCAAGACCAACCAUGGAACAGCCUCUCGGCGUUUCUCUGAUGUCCCCACCAACGUGGAGCCGCACGGCCACCUGAACACCAUAGCAGGACACUAUGGGAAGGAUAUAUAUCGAAGCGGAGGACCGGACCUUCACAAUUUUAUUUCUUCAGGAUUUGUCACCCUGGGAAGAGGACACCUUAAGGCGGGAGCGACAGGCUUUGCCCACUGGAGUCCUGAUGUCAUCAGAAGCUGCAGACGGGACGUGCUCAAGACUCAAGAAAAGACGGGUGACCAUCAGCAAAAUUAUAAUCACCUCGUGCUCAAUAACGCCUCUCAGACACCCACAAACGAAAAGCCACGUGUGAACAAUAUCCUGACCUCUGCCACGGAGCCGUACGACCUGUCCUUCUCCAGAUCCUUUCAGAACCUCUCCCACCUUCCUCCGUCCUAUGAGUCGGCCGUCAAGACCAAUCCAAGUAAAUAUUCCUCUCUGAAGAAAUUAACUGACAAAGAAGCCGACGACUAUUAUUCAAGACGACGGCAUCUCCCCGAUUUGGCAGCUAGGGGAACGCUUCCCCUCAAUGUCAUAAAAAUGACUCAGGAUCAGUCGAACUAUAGAGAGAGGCCAAGAAGACCUGUGCGUGCCAUGUCUCAGGACCGAGUCUUGUCUCCAGACAAGAACAUGCCGGAAGAAGGGUAUGGAUUGCCAUAUGAUCGAAUCCUGUCAGAUGAGCAGCUUCUCUCUGCCGAACGGCUACAUUCUCAAGAUCCUCUUCUGUCACCAGACAAGGCCAUGACCCUCAAGAGGUCUGAUUUUCAAGAGAAGUCCAUGUCAAGAGCCAUUUCCCAAACGGAUGUCUUUGUUUCCACUCCCAUGUUGGAUCGUUACCGGAUGACAAAGAUGCACUCUCAUCCCAGUGCCUCAAAUAACUUAUAUAAUACGUUGGGUCUGAACCAAACUGCUGCCAAACGUCAAGCCUUCGCUUCACGGAGGCACAACACAGUCGAACAGCUGCAUUAUAUUCCCGGACACCACCAACAGUACCGCACAGCUAGCAAAACAGAAGUGACUGUUUGAUUUACAUAAUGUUAUUUGUAGAUAAUCGAUACAGACUGAAGCAGUCCCAGGAUACCACACUACAGUGGCCUUGUGGGCCAAGAAGACCUCUGAUUUUAUGUCACAUUGGUCAACCUCAUGCCCAUUACUCAUUCUUGUCUAAGUCAUAAAUGGUCACAUGAAGCAGAAGAAACUGGAUCCAAAAGAUAGAGGCGUUGAGGGAGUUUUUAAGGGCUUAUCUAUGCUAACACGCUUGGGUUUAUUUGUGGGUCCAUCAAAAUGAGUGAUUUUUAAGGCAGGCUGUGUAGGGAAGAGUUGAUCGACAAUAAGAAUGCGUAUCCUGACUGCUGGAAAGAGCUUUACGGUUGUAGGACAGACAAGGCCAACCAUUAUCUCUGUAUGUAGCAUGUAGUCAACACCUCAACGCCUCACAUCCUUUCAUCAGUCCACCCAGUAUAUGUGUUACCAACAUGGUGAGGUCAUAAAAGUCUACUAGUGUGGUGGAGACGAUUUUAUCUGAAAGAAGGGUCAUCUUUACUGGAAUAUUUAUUAGUGCCUAUAAUCGUCUGCUCUGUUAAUGUAGGAACUAGUCGGGGUGCGUCUCAACAAGCACAAAACUAGAGCCCAUCGUCUAUCCAAUUUUUAUCUUAACCCGCUUUGUAAAUAGAUGUUGGUAGGUAGAUCGGGGAUGGGAUUUCUUCUAGACAAUAAUCAAAUGAUGUCACGAGUCUGUACAAUACUCGACAUGGAUAUUUUGUAACAAAUACUCUCGACCUCACAUGCCUUCCAUCGUGAUGGGAACGUGUACGGGACUCAUGUAACAUAGUCGACUGGAGAAGACAUUUUUGAGUUAGAACCUUUUGUGUGAAAAUUGUAAUGAUUUGGUGCCAUUUUACUCAUCACUAACCACUGUUGUAGACUAUGAGACCAUCGUAUUACUAUUAAUCUAGACUAAUUUUUUAAUACAAAGAUUAUUGACUCGUGAGGUGGGCAUAUGUAGAUUACUCAUAAUGUAAAAAAAAAAAAUAACAUUUUAAAAUUACUUGUAUCUAGAAAAAAAAAAAACACAGUGGGAUCAAACACUCAUUGAAAGUGUAUUUAUCCUAUCAUUGCCCUAAUAUAUUAGCCGCGUGAACAGCCUAAGCUUAUGGGAAAAGAGGCCAUUCUACAUCUCUGUAGAUUUUAAUAAAUAAGUGACCCCUCUCUACAUACUUGUGCCAUAUAUUUCUAAAUGUAAGUCUCAUUUAGAGUUUUUCUAUGUUUUUUAAAAUAAAAAUAAAAAAAAAUAUUUAACCUUAGGUAUUACAGUAAUACCACAUGCACACUCCCAGGCUUGUUACAUUUUUACAAAUAUAUAUAUUAAAUAUUCAGCGCCAUUAAGUUUCUCAGCGGUCAUCUCGCGGUUUCACAUACAUGAACAUUUUCUAGUGGUAUGUGAUCUACAUUGUUUUAUAGACAUAUAUAUGAUAUUACAUUUUGUAAACAAAACUGUAUAAAAAGAGAUAAAAAAAGAAUCCCUUCUGUGCUUUUUAUUCAAGCAAAAACAGGCAGGAGAAUCUCAAGCGACACCUGCAGGCUUCCAGAGGUAUUACAGUCUGUAAAAAUAAAACAAAUUAAAUGUUUUGAAUAAUAAUGUUUUUCUUUUUUUAAUUCUGAAAUAUUUUACUUUAUUGUACUUAAAACUCCAGAACACCAUAAAAAAAAAAAUAAUAAUAAUGGCAUAGAAUAUAACGAUAUUCAGUCUCGGUAAUAGGUUUGUAUGUGAACGGAAAUUAAUCUGAAAAUGUUUUUAAUAUGUCUGAUGGCAAAAAUUGCACAAAUAAGUGUCUUAGGUUAUUAUGUCCUGGUUGGUUAAGUUGAAAAUAAAAAUUUCUUGGUUGAUUUAGCCCUUAGAAUAGUGAAUUUUCCCGUGUUUAACAAAUUAAAUAUUUUUGUAUGUGUGCUCUCGUCUUUCGAGACAGGGUUUACAUUUUAUUGUGAUGCGGUUAAAUUGUAAAAAAAUAAAUAAAAAAAAGCUUUAAAAAAAAACAAAACAAAAGUGAAAAUGUAAAACUAUCAUUUAUAAAAAAAAAAAUACUUAUAUAUUUAAUUAUGAAUUUUACCCAUUUUUAAUUGAACGUCCUUAGCAAAAGUGGAUUGAAAAAUGCAUAAUGUAACAUUCAAAAAUAAACCCUGCAAAAAAUCUUUGAAAAGGGUCCUGGCAAUACAUUUUUGGGGGUGGGGGAAUCAUUCCAUCAAAAACCAGCAAUAAAAUAAGUUAGUUUUUUUUCUUUUAGUUAAAUUCAUGGCUGUAAAAUAAAAUCAUUUUUUUCCGUUCUGGUGAAAUCAGGCAAUUAUAAUAUUUCCUAUAUAGAUAAUAUAUAUAUAUAUUAAGAGAAAUCAGCUGUGACAUAAUCUACAAUGAAAAUUUUAUUCUGCCUUAUUUUAGGCUAGUUUUAGAUGAGAAAAAAGAUUGCCUAUAGAUUUUUUUGGCGUUCAAUAUGCAUUGUCUGUUGUUCUGCUUGUCAUAUAUUACACUGGCAUCUUAAUUUCAUGGUAUACUAAACUUCAGACAUAAAAUGUACAUUUAGAGAAAGCGAAAUGUUUUUGUAAAGGUGUGUAAUAAAUUAUGUAUGAAAUAAAAGGUAAAAUGUU